CUUCCUUCCAGCCUGGAGCUGGGCAGGCCUCCAAAAGCCAAGCCGAGCCAAGAGGCCGGAGGAGUGCGAAGGAGAAGUUAGCAACGGGUUGCACAACUUCAUCUCGACGCUCCAGAGGCUGAAGCCCAGGCUGGAUGUGGGCUCCUUCUUCCCUUGGGCUCUCGCCAUGGCUCCCUUUGGGAGGAAUCUCUUAAAGACCCGCCACAAAAACAGGUCACCUGUGAAAGAGAUGGGGUCCACUGAGCAAGAAAUUGUAGUAUGGGUUUGUCAAGAAGAGAAAAUUGUAAGUGGGCUGACCAAGCGCACAACUUGCCUGCAAGUAAUUGAAGCUUUGCUUGAAGAACAUCAGGCUACCUUUGCAGAAAAGAGGUUUCUCUUUGGGCAGCCCAAGGACUACUGUAUUGUCGAAAAAUGGAGAGGCUCCGAGCGGGUCCUUCCACCUCUCACCAAAAUGCUGAGACUUUGGAAAGCCUGGGGAGAGGAGCAGCCUAAUUUGCAAUUUGUCUUGGUCAAGGCAGAUGCUUUCUCUCAGUUCCCAUUGUGGAGGACAGCUGAAGCUAAGGUAGUACCAAACCUAGAAAGACAAUGGGACCUCAGCCCAGCCAAUUACAUGAAGAUGUUGCCUGUGGAUAAACAAAAGAGAAUUGUUAGGAAAACCUUCCGAAAGCUGGCAAAACUGAAACAGGAAGGAGUCCUGCAAGAGAGGGACAACAUAGAAACCCUGAUUCAUUUGAUUCUCUCUCAAGAUCACACCAUUCACCAACAAAUCAACCGGAUGAAGGAACUCGAUUCAGAAAUUGAGCAGUGUGAAGCCAAAUGUCAACAAGAUCGGCUUGAAAGUGAUGGAGAAAAUUAUGUUCAGGAAUCUUACCUAAUGGCCACUCCUAGUGAUGUAGAAGGUCAGAUGGUCAUGUCUUGCACCCAGCAGCAGAUGCAGGAAAGCCCAUGCAAGAAUGAGGGCAUUUUACAAGUGGAGGAAGGACUAAAACACCACACGCUCUUGAUUGAAAAGCUCUCUGCUGAAAUUGAAAAAGAGGUUAAGGGGUUUGAAAAAAAUGGAAACACGUGGACAGAGGAAGUGUCCAGUAAUGAAAUGGAGAAUCCUAAUGUCGAAAGUGUGAAAAAUGAACUGGAGAAAAGUAUGAAAGAUGCAUUAAGGAUCCAUUCUCAAAUGAAUUACAUCCAGCAGGAGCUUAAAUACAGGGACUUGAUGCUUCAGAAGAAGGAAAGAGAGUAUGAACAGCUUGUGGAAGAGCUUAAUGCUUUUCAUGUUAAAGACAAAACUGAAUCCAGAUACCCACCCAAUGAGGAACAAACAAAGAACAAUGAAAUGGUCACCAAGAGUUUUACAGGAACAGAUCUUCUUCAAAAAGUGACUAAUUUAGACAUAAAUGAUACAGACUCUGAUACUGGGAUUAGCUCUACUCAUAGUCAGGAUUCAGAAACAGCAAUAGGAGAUACCUUGCUGCUGUCCACGUAGAUGAAGAUUGUUUCUUUUCCUGAAAACACAUUCUCUGGAGAGAGAUGGUGACAAUAAUGUAGAUAAUGUGGUAUCUUUGUUUGGGCCAUGUUGUAAUGGGGUAAGAGUUUCCAGAGUUUUAAAAAAAAAUCGUGUACAGGUUGAGUAUCCCUUAUCUGAAAUGCUUGUGCCCAGAAACACUCUGUGUUUAAUUUUUUUUAUUCUUCCCCACCCUUUUGGGGAUUUUGGAAUACCUACAUUUCAAUAUACACAAUGAGACAUAAUGAGACUGGAGAGAGACUGAGGAUCUGGGAAAUGGUAGGAGGUGUGAAUUCCUCCCAUUUCACAGAUUUUUGUCUUUUUCCAGCCACAUGUUUCUCCAGCCUUGCAAAUAUAGUACAGGUAACAUACUAAGCUACUUAUGUUGUAGUUCAAAAAGUUUGAGAUUUUGGAGUACUUUGGAUUUCAGAAUUCUGGAUAAGCAAUACUCAACUCAGCUAUGCUGACUAAGUCCAGUGCAAGCUGACAUUCAGCAAUAUCUGGAGGGCCACAGUAUGCUCAUUCCUGAUGUAGAUGUAGAGCAACUGAAAUGCAUUUAAGAAAAGGCAAAUCAGACCAUAGUGGGAAUUACCCGUGGACUUGAAAUUUAAAUUAUCCUAUAUAAAAGUCCUCCGACAAAGUAUCAAUUAUUUUUACCUGUUCUCCCAGCAGUUAUUCUUUCUCCUUCUUUUACAUAAUAUGCAGUGCAUCUUAAUAGCUAAAGGACAUGAUGAGUGUUCUCCCUUAAUAAUCUGAAAGAUUAGUGUAGAUAUUUUGUUACGCAUAUUAUAACCACCAUAUUAGUGUAAAACGGAGCAAUCAGUCAGGACGAGGGCUAGCAAUGGGAGUAGGAUGGAGUACUUCUGUUGUUGUUUUUAAAUAAAUCAGUGACUCCAUAUAUAACAAGAUACAAGGAAAAAUUGAGGAGUUGCCCAGCUUUUGAAAAGUGCUAUCUCUUUCUCAGCACUCUUUGCCAGAACAUUAAUAGAAUUGUUUGCCUCUGGAAAACUGGGUUUCAUCUCUCUGUAAAUACAAUUCACAUUUUGUGGAAGAGUCACAUUUCUUCAGCAUUUAAGUGGAAGAAAAAUUGGUCUGUAUGUGAUGAAUAAAUUUUAUAGUGCCAUAGGAAUAAACUGAUACCUUUUGUUUGUUGUCACUCUUAUAUAAAGGUUCUGUGUGUAUACAAUAGCUAAGCAAGAAAGGUUCAGUGAACUCCUGAACAUUUUUUUUUUCUGAUCAGGCCUGUUAAAUUAGAAGAUCCAUCCCUUCAGGCCUCAGUCAUGCUUGCCAUGUUGACAAUGGCCCUGUUGGGACAAAAAUAUGAGAAGCUGCUUUUAGACAACAAAUAAAAGGCAGAACCCUGUAUUUAAGCAACCUAAACAGAAGUGUUAUUUUUGCUUUUGGAAUUUCUUCUUCUUUACCUUAUGAUUUGGUGCCCCCCUCCCUUCCUGUAUUAAACUGGCUGCCAUGAUUUCAUGAAGAGAAGACUCUUUAAAUAUGACAUGGAAAUACAUUUUUCUGAAUUUUUAAGCUACUUUUUGAUGUUAUAUAGAGAUUUUUCCAUACAGGUUUCUCUAUUGACUGCCACAUUUUUUUAAUGCGGCUUUAUCAUUUAACAUUAUAUUGAAUGCUUUCAUAAUUAUUGAGCUCUCUAACCUACUGGUUCCUAGUGGAAACCCAGAUGAAUAGGAGAAUAGCUAUUGUAGAUGUGAAAUAAUUUAUUAAUACUUCUGAACAUAUUUUUAUAUUUUGUGUGAUAAUGUGGUGUAAUUUUCAAGCCUCUUGUGUUAUAAAAAAUAGGCUAAUGUCUAUCAUUAGUUAGCUGUUCAAAGUAUUCCCAUGAUUCACAUAUUAUUUUUAAAGAUCAUUUUCAGGUGUUUAAUACUGUACAAACUACAAAUUGGUAGUGCCUCUUAAGUGCCAUUACAUUGUGAAUGAGAAGUAAAUUAGAGAAUUAAUUUUGAGGGCUUCUUUGACUGAAUAGAUUCCAGGUACACAUUGGGCCUGAUUUCUCCUCCUCUCCUCCUCUGCAUUUUUUAGGAUUUGGGGGUUAACAUUGUCUUAAUCACAGUGAUGCAGAAUGGAAGCCAUGGGGCAUUUCUUCAGUCCAUUCCCUACUGAAACAAAUCGGACUGAAUUAAAAGUGUUCUUCCACAGUUCCCAUUCAUUUUAAUAAGACAGUAAGUUCUACUGAAUUUAAAACCCUUCUUGGCUGUUCAGACUUAGCAUGUAACUUGAGCAUGCUGAAUUGAAUGAUCUUUAGUAGUAACUAACACAUGGUAUUAUUCUCUUUACAUAAUAGACAUUAUGUGAAAGUAAAUUCUGCUGAAAUCUGACCUCCACACUAUCUUGCUUGCCAAUAGGUCAAGCAUAUGUCAUAUGAUCAUAUGCACAUGGAAGUCACAGUGUUUUGAGUCAAGGAAAUAACUUUCAGGAAUGAGAUGUAGGAAUGAUCUGAGAGUUUAUUUAUUCUAACAUCUGGUGUUCAGAGAGUAAAGAAAUAUCUUCAGCUAUUAAGAUAUGGCAGUUUGCUGAAAUAAGUAGAUACCUAAGGCUAGUGGUUAAGAUCCAUUGACAUCUCAAACCUAGCUGUGACUAACUGGCCUUUUUAUUUCAAUAGUAAUUAAAUACAAAUAACAUAAAUUAGUUUGGGGGGGGCAAAGGCUGAAACUGGUUCAUUAAUAAUAAUUUUAGUUGUCUGUAACAUGUACACAACCAUUUGUUAAGCUUUAUCAUUAUGUAUCCCAAUUCUAAGAAACAUGUUUAAGUUAUACUAUUUAUGAUCAUUGACGGAUCAUCCAGCAGCUCUUAUUAUUUGACUACUGCCUUAGAACUGAUUUUACUUUUAAGUUGCAUAGAAAUGUACAUGAGCGAUAACUCACAUUGUGCUGUACACAAUUUUCAGAAUAAAGUGGAUUUACAAAAUUAA